AUGAAGAUGAUGAGCAUAAGAAUAAGAGAAAGAAAAAGAAAAAGAAGCCAACUGUCGUCUUCGAAGCAGCAAGUAGUGCUGAGUCAGGCGUCGGCAGGCUCUGGCUCCGAUUCUCGAAAGCCGUCGAAGGUCAAUGUGCACGUGAAGGACGGAGGAGACGCCAGUCGCCGGAAUACCAUUGACCUCCAGAUAGGAGAGGGACGGUCCCGAAAGAAUACUUUGGUGAAGGUGAACGGAGAAGUCGUCAGUGUAACGCACUCGGCGAGUAACGACGACAUGAGUAACUCGCCGAGGAUCCCACGUAAUCUGUCGGUUCGAGCUAAGGAUCAGCAAAACGUUCAGAAUAAUCAAGAAGCUAAUGAAGAAGGAGGAAAUUCUGGAAGACGAAUUGAUAACACUCAGUCAUGGCCUUUCUUCAAUCCAUCCACUCGCUUCCGUCUUCUCAAAAUAAUAUUCGUUUUGAUGUGUCUCGUUGACAUCAUGCACUGGGCUUAUCUCCUUCGGGAUGAUACUAACGAGAAUCCGAACUCAUGGAGAUUCUAUAAAAAAUUCAAAAGCUUCGAUUUGUAUUAUCUGGUUGCUCGAAUGUUCGCGGACAUCUUCACAUGUGUUCUCGGAUUAGGAGCUGCCAUGUGGACACGAAAACCUCUAUUGACUCUUCCAUGCACCACCAUUCAGCUCCUUUUCUUGCUCAUCAGAGCUGCUGUCUGGUCGGUCAGAAGCUAUAAUCGCGUGCUUGAGAAGACUCAUGCCACCAACGAGGACAAGCUCUUCGUCGUCUGUGAAUUCUUGCUUCCUGCGAUCUGGGCCCUACUAUCCUUCCUCAUCGUCCACACAACUCGACGUCUCCGUUGCUAUGAACAACUUCACGGAUAUGCUCGUCCACCGAUCAUCGUGCUCACCGUCAAAAAUGACGAUAAUGACGAGAGCGUUCAAAUUGAAAUCGCUUAA